UGACAAGUACUCUACCACGCGGCCGCGACCCAAAACCUUCAGACGAUCUGAGGAAAAAUGCCGGUGGCCAUGCUCUCGCCCUUGCUCUUCCUCUCCCCGAUCCCCACGCGGCACCGGCCGCUGCUGCUCCCCUCCCUCCCGCCGCGCGCGGCCUCCAGGCACCUCCUCCGCGCCCGGCGCGGCACCGCCCGCCUCCGCGUGGCCGCGCCCACGUCCGUCCCCGGGGAGGCGGCGGAUCGGUCGGAGCGGGCGGAGCCGAGCACGUCGGCGCCGGAUUCGGGGGAGAAGUUCGUGUGGCGGGACCACUGGUACCCCGUCUCCCUGGUCGAGGACCUCGACCCGCGCGUGCCCACCCCGUUCCAGCUCCUCAACCGCGACCUCGUCAUCUGGAAGGACCCCAAGGCCGGCGACUGGGUCGCGCUCGACGACCGCUGCCCGCACCGCCUCGCCCCGCUCUCGGAGGGGAGGAUCGACGAGACGGGGUGCCUGCAGUGCUCCUACCACGGCUGGUCCUUCGACGGCGCCGGCGCCUGCACCAAGAUCCCGCAGGCCGCGCCCGACGGGCUCGAGGCGCGGGCGGUGCGCUCGCCCAGGGCUUGCGCGACCAAAUUCCCCACGCUACUGUCCCAGGGGCUGCUCUUCGUUUGGCCCGACGAGAAGGGCUGGGAGAAGGCCAAGGCCACCAAGCCCCCAAUGCUGCCAAAAGAGUUCGAUGACCCGGCUUACUCCACGGUGACGAUCCAGAGGGAUCUCUUCUAUGGGUAUGAUACGCUGAUGGAGAACGUCUCCGACCCGUCGCACAUAGAAUUUGCUCACCACAAGGUCACAGGACGAAGAGAUAGAGCCAGGCCUUUGCCAUUCAAAAUGGAAUCAAGUGGUGCGUGGGGAUAUUCAGGGGCAAAUACCGGUAAUCCUCGCAUCACUGCAACUUUUGAGGCCCCUUGCUAUGCACUGAACAAAAUAGAGAUUGACACAAAACUACCAAUUGUGGGAGAUCAGAAAUGGGUAAUAUGGAUUUGCUCCUUCAACAUUCCAAUGGCUCCAGGGAAAACUCGUUCUAUUGUCUGCAGCGCUAGGAACUUUUUCCAGUUUACCAUGCCAGGAAAGGCAUGGUGGCAGCUUAUCCCUCGAUGGUAUGAACAUUGGACCUCAAAUUUGGUCUAUGAUGGUGAUAUGAUUGUUCUUCAAGGCCAAGAGAAGGUCUUUCUGUCUGCAUCCAAGGAGUCAUCUGCAGAUGUUAAUCAGCAGUACACAAAGCUCACAUUCACACCCACACAGGCCGACCGAUUUGUUUUAGCAUUCCGGGCAUGGCUAAGGAAAUUUGGCAAUAGCCAGCCUGACUGGUAUGGAGGUCCUAGCCAAGACGCAUUACCUUCUACUGUCCUUUCAAAGCGGGAGAUGCUGGACAGAUAUGAGCAGCACACCCUGAAAUGUUCAUCCUGCAAAGGAGCUCACAGCGGGUUCCAGACCCUGCAGAAGGUCUUCAUGGGCGCGACGGUGGCGUUCGCUGCUACUGCUGGGAUCCCCGCAGAGGUUCAGUUCAGAAUAUUGCUUGGUGCCGCUGCUUUGAUCAGUGCGGCUCUGGCCUACGUGUUCUACGACCUCCAGAAGAAUUUUGUGUUUGUAGAUUACGUGCAUGCUGACAUUGAUUAGGAUAAGCUUUUUGAUCCUUUUGUGAGGAUCUGGUGUAGUGACACCAGACGACCAUGCACAUAUAACCUUGACAGGGAGUAUAGUUUUCAGUGAAUACGUCCCAGUAUGUUUAUACCAGGCACUAGGUCUGUAUGACUGUAUUAGCACUUGUUAGCAUACCACGUGAUCCCCUGCACGUGAGAAAACAAAUUGAAAUGUAAUGUUGCCUUUUGGCAUUCUGAUUGACAAUCCUCUCAGUGGAUGAUAUUAUAGGCGUAUAUACACAUUGUAGUAGCAAGUUAAA